AUGCAAACUCACGGUUACCUCGUUUCAGAAAUAAUGGCGGCCAUCAUGCGGUCGCAUUUCAUGAACGAAACGACGAACAUAUUCAUCGGCGGUCACAAGUUCUUCAGGCACUCCCGCUCCCUCGUCGGCAACAGAAUCAGAUGGACCUGCGCGAAGAAGCACAAGUUCAAAUGCAAGGCCUCCGCGGUUACCAUCGACGGGAUUGUUGUCAGCACCACUGGGCUCCACUCUCACUCU